GCUCGUUUAUAAACAUACACACACACAAACUCACGCACUUGAGGGAUAUGGCUCAAACAUCAUACUGGUGCUCUCCGGUGUCUGUUUGUUUAGGGAAAUCACUGCAGCUCCCCACCUGUCUUCACCUCCUCCGGCAUCCAACAAACUCUAACUGACAAAAUCCAGGCACAUGGUGAUGUAUAGCCGAGCUCUUCAUCUCAAGGUCAACAGGUCAUCGAUAGCUGUUCUCACAUGCUCUGACUGUGACCAAGCCAUGAAAGAUUGUGAAUUCUUUGAGAAAGAAAAUGAGUUUCGGGGGGAGCUGGUGAACCAGCGGUGGACACGAGGCGAGAGGACCAGCAGCCGCUGUCAGGCCUCCCAGAGACUGCAGAGCCGUCGACCAAUCAUGAUGAGUAUAGAAGGUGGUGACAAGCGGACUCGCACUCGGUCCAAGGGAAUCAGAGUUCCUAUUGAGCUCGUCGGACAAGAGCUGAGCUGCCCCACCCCUGGAUGCAAUGGCUCUGGCCAUAUCAGUGGGAGAUACUCACGACACAGAAGCAUUCUGGGUUGCCCCAUAGCUAGAAAGCGCCGUCUAGAGGAAGCAGAGGCCGAGCAGGAGCAAGAGCAGGAAACAGAGCGGCCUGCCUCCAAGAGGAAGUCCCACCCCCUGAAACUGGCCCUGGACGAGGGCUUCAGCGCAGAAAGUGACGCCAGCAGUGAGGCUGAGGGCGAGGGAGAAAAGGAUGGAGAGAAAGCAAGAGAGACCAAGGAGGAGGAGCAGGAGGAGGAGGAAGACAGGGACGCUGUUGUAGAGGAGGAGAGAGGAGAAAUGUCAGAAGACCUGAUGCAGGACAGACAGACAAAUAAACAAGAUGUGGAGACAAAGAGUCAAAAGAAGGAGGAGCAAGAGAAGAUGGAAGAGGAAGACACAUAUAAGAAGGGGGAGAACACGUUUGCAGCUGAUGAAGAGGAGGAGUGUGUGAUUAUCGAACCUAAGCUCAGAGCAGCGCCACCUGCACCCAAGGAGUGUCAGUCUCCUUCUCAGAGCGUCGAAGAGCUGGGCAACUCUCUCUUCCACCUUGGCCGAGUUUCCAACAACAAUGCUCCAACUGUGGCCAUUCAGCAGCCUGUUGCUAUGGAGACUGUGAAGGAUGUCACUGUGGCAGCCAAAUGGGGUGAAGAAUUAAAGGACAAGCAAGAGGGGGACAUGAAUAAGGGGAGAGAGAAAGUGGAGGAGGCGGCACACAGAGUUCAAGUAUUGGAAGAAUCAUCUGUUCUGCAGGAGGAGGCAGCUGAAGUGGAGGGAGUGGAGUUGGAAGAGGAGGUGGAGAAUGAGCAAGGAGAGUGCGAAGACAGGAGCAACCACGUGAGCCAGGAGAACCACCAGUAUCUGACUGCAGAUGUCCACCAUGAACAAAUCAAAGAUGAAGAGGAGGAGGAAGAUAUGGCAGUGCCAGCACAGCAGAGGCAGGACACUUCAGCAGUGCUAGAGGAGGAUGAGGGGGGAGAUGAAGAAGACCAGAGGGACCAUGUUCUGCCCAUUUCUGAUGUGCCAACUGCCAUCCGCACCAUCACCAGCACCGCAGCCGCUCAGGGAACACACAUCAAGACUGAUGACAACAGGGCUGGGCCUCUGGAGGACUACAACUCACACAGGGCAAGUCCCCUUGACAAAUUUGACUCUCAUAAACCUAGCCCACUUCAAAACUACAAGGCCAGCCCUCCUUUAAGUUACAGCUCCCAUCGGGCCAGUCCAUUGGAUGACUACUUUGCCAACCCCAAAGUUGAGAACUAUAAAAUCCACAAAGCCUCGUCCUCAGCCUCUCCCGAUAUUAUCGAGGUGCGUUCAGAUAAGUCAGAGGAGAAAGACUUUGAUGAUGUGGAUGGGGAUGACGAGCGUGAUGACGAAGACAGCCUGUCGCAGCGUUCGACGGUGACAGACGAGUCAGAGAUGUUUGACAUGACCCGAGGGAACCUGGGCCUGCUGGAGCAAGCCAUUGCCCUGAAGGCAGAGCAGGUGAAGCCAGCUGGGCCCAGAGAGCUGCUCCGUGCCCCAGAUAUCCACCACCAGCGAUACUUCACCAUGGAUGACAGGCCCAAUCACCUGGACGUAAUCCGCAAAAGCUACUUCAGCAAAGAGAGCAGUAGGCCAGAGAAAAGGGAGAUAAAGUGUCCCACUCCGGGGUGUGAUGGCACGGGUCACGUGACCGGUCUUUACCCCCACCACCGCAGCCUGUCAGGCUGUCCGCACAAGGACAGGAUUCCCCCUGAGAUACUGGCCAUGCAUGAGAAUGUGCUGAAGUGUCCAACUCCUGGUUGCACCGGUCAGGGCCAUGUUAACAGCAACCGUAACACACACCGCAGUCUUUCUGGAUGCCCCAUUGCUGCUGCAGAGAAGCUGUCCAAGAGCCACGAUAAGCAGCAUCUCUCUCAGCCCGGCAGCGACCACCUGAAAGGAAGUCCCAAUGACAGAGUGUUAAGGCCCAUGUGCUUUGUGAAGCAGCUGGAGGUGCCCCAGUACGGCAGCUACAGGCCCAACAUGGCACCUGCCACGCCUCGCGCCAACCUGGCCAAGGAGCUGGAGAAGUACUCCAAGGUGUCCUUCGAUUAUGCAAGCUUUGACGCUCAAGUGUUCGGGAAGCGCAUGCUUGCUCCAAAGAUGCCCACCAGCGAAACCUCACCUAAAGCCUUCAAAACUAAGCCCUCAUUCCCCAAGUCAACGUCGCCCAGCCUAAGUCUCCACGGUUAUGGAAAGAGCUCCUCCACCUUGGCCUACGACUACUCCCAUGAAGCUGAGGCCGCUCACAUGGCUGCCACUGCCAUCCUCAACCUGUCUACACGCUGCUGGGAGAAACCUGAAAACCUCAGCACCAAACCCCAAAACAAGGAAAUGGACAUUGAGGUGGAUGAGAAUGGCACCCUGGACCUGAGUAUGAAGAAGCCCUUUAAACGAGAGGGCAGUCUGUCCGCCACCAGUCCCGGGGUUCGGUCCCCGGACCUUUCUUCCUCCUCCUCUUCCUCGCUGCAUCAUGGUGGAAGUAGCGGGAUGACAUCACCGAACCUCCACGCCUACAAGCAGGAGGAUUGGGAGGGACCUCUGGAUUACACCAAACCCAGCCGCCAAAGGGAGGAGGAAAUGGAUGAGAUGGAGCACACUGGCCAGUCAUUUGUCUCGUCUGACCCAGAGGACUGUGAAAUGAUGCAGGACUGUCUAGAGGAGAGGAAAUACCCAGGAGAGGUCACAACCCCAAGCUUCAAGGUCAAGUUCCAGCCCAAGGAUAGCAAGAAGGAGCUGCUCUCGUGCCCUACACCUGGUUGCGAUGGCAGUGGCCACAUCACUGGAAACUAUGCGUCCCACCGCAGUCUGUCUGGGUGUCCUCUCGCUGAUAAGAGCCUUCGGUCCCUCAUGGCGGCCCACACCCCUGAACUCAAAUGCCCGACUCCGGGAUGUGAUGGCUCAGGUCACAUCACAGGAAACUACGCCUCCCACAGAAGUCUCUCUGGGUGCCCGCGUGCCAAGAAAAGUGGAAUUAAAACUCCUACCAAGGACAACCAGGAGGACUCCGAGCUUUUAAAAUGCCCGGUGCCGGGCUGCGACAGCCUGGGCCACAUCAGUGGGAAGUAUGCCACACACCGCAGCGCCUAUGGGUGUCCGCUGGCGGCCCGAAGACAGAAGGAGGGUCUCUUGAAUGGCACACCCUUCAACUGGAAGGCCUUCAAGACAGAGGGGCCGACCUGUCCCACUCCAGGCUGUGAUGGCUCCGGACAUGCCAACGGAAGCUUCCUCACCCACCGCAGCCUCUCAGGAUGCCCCAGAGCCUUGUAUGCCAAGAAGAAGGCCAAGUUCCCCACAGAGGACUACUUGAGCACAAAGUUCAGAGCCAGUGAUGUUUUGGACAAUGAUGAGGACAUCAAGCAACUCAACAAAGAGAUUAACGACCUCAACGAAUCCAACAAUGAAAUGGAGGCUGACAUGGUCAACCUGCAGACUCAGAUCUCCUCCAUGGAGAAGAACCUGAAGAGCAUCGAGCACGAGAACAAGAUGAUUGAGGAGCAGAACGAGGCUCUCUUCAUGGAGCUGUCUGGUCUUAGUCACGCCCUGAUCCGCAGCCUGGCAAAUAUACGCCUGCCACAAAUGCAGGAGCCAAUCACCGAGCAGAACUUCGACAGCUAUGUGAGCACCCUGACCGACAUGUACACCAACAAGGACUGCUUGCAGAGUCCCGAGAACAAGGCUCUGCUGGAGAGCAUCAACAAAGCUGUGAAGGGCAUCAAAGUCUGAGGCUCGAGACACACAUACACACACAGACACACACACACACAGAAAACGCAAACCGUCCUGAAGCGCAGGAGUGUGACGGAGGUCAAGAUGGAGGGAUGGAGAGAUGAAGGAGAGAUGUUGAAAUACUCUACAAUAUAUUGAAAUAUGAUUCAAAAACAAAAAGGGAAUUCAGGUUAUUUAAAUAAACGGCAACUUAAAAAAAAAAUCAACCCAGGGAACACUCUGUUAGAAGAGAGUGACGCGGACCAAAAUCCACACCACGCUGCUGCUGGGAUUAGGAGGAGGAAACAGAUCCUUCAGUCAGAAUGGAUGGAAAAGAAGAAUAAGGUUACUAGAAGUUGUAUCUGGGGGAUUUCAUAUGCUGUAUGUUUACCUGUUGUCUCUUUUGUGUCCUUAACUGUUUUUGGAGGUUUCACUGUUGCGCGGCUGAUCAGUUUUCGCGCGUCACGUCAACUAAAACAUGGCGGAAUGCGAACAGGGGACUGCUGGCAGGAGCUUGGUGACAUGAAGCGAAGGACACAGAUGAGUUGGAUGCGAAGACUCUCAGUGCUUGUCCUGUAGCAUUCACUGUGGCGAGUGUGUGCGCUCGCCGGCUCCAGAAGCUCCCUGAUUCAUGACCACACACACCCCAGCAAUAUGAAGCAUGCACUAAACUGAAUUUGUGUUUGCUUUGUGGUUUUACCGCAGCGAAGACAACAGGAGCGCAAUGUUGACUCAGUUUAGUGGGAAAAAAAAUUCUUUAACUAAGGUCAUGAGACAGAUCCAGGAACAGUGUAGGUGGUUUAUUUUUCAUGGGACAGCUGAUAUCAUGUUUGAAAAGCAGCAGAUAAAUCCUUUUUUUUUCUUUUUUUGUAAACUGAAAUGAUAAUAGUAAUAGUGUGCACACAUUCAAAUUGAGUUAGUCAUAUCAAUAGUAUUUAUCAACAUAGGAAUUGCACUUAAUUUCAUUUAAUAGUUUUGUGGUACAAUAAUUAUUGUUAUAUAUGAA